UGACAUGCGUACGUACUAGACAUCUGUCUCAUUUAGACGCCCUCAUCUAUUCAGACAGUCUUUCGUCACCCUUCCUUGCCUGCCCACUUUCCACAUCGCUGUUUCGUUCAAGACUCCACAUCACCUUUACCGCAUCGGAAUCAUGGCUACCGAACAGAUUACAAACGGCAACUUCGCACCUCAUCAGCAAAACUACGGAAGCACAGAGAAAGACGGCGUCUCCUCUCAAUCUUCAUCGGGUGGCAGCGACAUUCCCAAGGAUGAGGUCGGCUGGUACUUUGUCGAGCAAUACUACACCACCCUUAGCCGAAGCCCGGAGAAGCUUUUCCUCUUCUACAACAAACGCUCCCAAUUCGUCUCUGGUACUGAAGAGGAGAAGGUUGCAGUCUGCAUCGGUCAAAAGACCAUCAACGAACGCAUCAAGGAGCUCGAAUUCCAAGACUGUAAGGUCAGAAUUACCAAUGUCGACUCUCAGGGCUCCGAUCAACACAUAGUAAUCCAAGUCAUCGGCGAAAUCUCCAACAAGCAACAACCGCACAAGAAGUUCGUUCAGACCUUUGUACUUGCCGCGCAGACGAAUGGUUACUUUGUCCUGAAUGACAUCUUCCGUUACAUCUCCGAUGAGGAUGCUGAGGUUGAGGCAGAAGAUGCAUCCCACGCCGAAGCCGCAGGCACCACUGAAGCGGUGUCCACCGCCAACGAUACUCCGGCCGAAUCAUUGAGUAACAACGAUGAGGCGACGGCACACAAGCUUGAUGAGGAUGACGAGCAAGCUUCUGCGACCGACGCAAAUGCUGAGCCUGAGGUGUCUGCUCCGCCAGCUGCUGUCAACGGCACUGCAGCUCCUGAUAACGCUGAGAUCGACGUCGCUGAAGAUGCCCCCGUUGCUGCUGCUGUCACCUCUACUGAAGAGAAGCCAUCAGAAGAGGCUGCCGCUGCCGCCGUCGAGGAAGAAGAAGAUGUAACGCAGCCCGAGAAGCCCAAAGAUCCCGAGCCGACUCCAGUGCAACCAAAGGCUACCCCGGCCCCGGCCCCUACUCCUGCGAAGCCUGCUGUUCCCAAGUCCUGGGCCAGUCUCGCUGCUGCUGCGAACCGAGUCGCCAUGCCUCAGAUGCCCGGAGCUGCCUCGGGAUCCACAUCUGCCGCAUCGAAAUCUACAGCGGCUUCGGCGCCACAGCCCGCUGCCAACACAGCUCCACCCUCUGCUCCAUCCGCUCCGGCCGCAGCGCAAGUUCAGCGAGACCCCUCUCCCGCCACCAGCGGCGCCGACUCUGCCGCUGGAUGGCAGACGGCCGGCGCCGACCAUAGCAAGCGCCAAUCUCGGUCCAUUGGCCAGCCCCAAGCAGAGGAACAAACCACGCGCGCCUACAUCAAAAACGUAUUCGAGGGCGUCAAGGAUGAUGAACUGAAGGCAGCACUCCAGAAGCACGGUGAGAUCACCUAUCUGGACAUUAGCCGUGGCAAGAAUUGCGCUUUUGUCGAUUUUGCCACCCGUGCUGGCUUCCAGUCAGCUGUAGCUGCCAACCCACAUAAAAUUGGCGAGGAUUCCGUCUUCGUCGAAGAGCGUCGCGUUCGCGCUGCCCAGGGUAACUUCGGAAACUCGUUCCCGCGUGGUGGUGCCCAGCGUGGCGGCCGCGGUGAUGCCCGCCCAGCUGGCCAAGGCCGUGGAGGCUUCAAGCAGGAUGGUGGCCGGGGCGGGUUCAACCCUCGAGGACGUGGUGGCACUUCCACUCCUCGUGGACGCGGAAACAGCCAGGCUGCCUAGACUCAUCACUCGAAUUCUGCAGUUCGCCAACGCCUCCCCCCCCCCUCUUCGACCGUUCUUGAUUCACCAACGGAAGCGUACGCCACCUUAAAAUUG